CCCAGCCAUUCAAAUCAUCAAAACUUCCAUAAAAUGUACACAAGCUAUUUAAAAAAACCUAAAUUAUUCAUUCGUGGUUACUUAUCAAAAAAACUAAACGUUCCCAUGAUGCCUGAGAUGCCGCGAAAAUACGUUUAGUUUACUUCCCUCCAGAAAUUUUUACGGUGGUAGCAAUGGCGCAAAACGCUCAGACCAGUCCGGCUUUUUCUUCGCCAAAAAGGGAUGGCAAACUCACCAUACGCAUUGAAAAUGUGCCAGGAAGUCCACCUUUUCGGGACAUGAUGAUGAUGCCAUGGAAUUGGGGAGUUGGGGCAGCAAAAAUUAAUUUGAGUCCUUCAAGUUCAUGUGGAUCGCCUGAAGCGGGGGACAGAGAUAAAGAAAUACUUCGUCGAGGAAGGCCCAGGGCUGACGCUUUGCACACUUUGGUGGUUGACGGUCCUGCAUCGCCAAAUCAGAUUAAGUGCAAGAUUUGUAAUCGGGUUUUUCCGAGAGAAAAAUCGUUGCAAGCUCAUCUGAGAACCCACACAGGAGAACGCCCUUACAUAUGUGACUACCCUGGCUGUGGACGUGCAUUUUGUCAAAGUGGGCAGCUGAAAACACACCAACGUCUUCACACUGGAGAAAAACCAUUUGAAUGUUCUCAGUCAGGAUGUUCCAGCAGAUUUACGCACGCCAAUAGACACUGCCAAGAUCACCCCAACAUGCCAUUAAGGAGAGCACCCACAGACCUUACAAUACUGGAGAAGGAAGGGCUAAGGGAUGAAGUUAAAGAUUGGCUCAAAAGGCAUGUAGAAUCCAGAAACAAUGAAACAACUGUUUCGUAUUCAAGUAGCAGGCAGUUAAAAAGACUUUUAGACCAAGUGGCAAAAACAAGUGAUGAACGGGUCAUCAAAAAGAGAAAAGAAAAUGAAACCUGUCAGAUGAGUGACGAUCAAAAGGACAAGUGGUUGGGAGCUCUUGCAUUAAUUGAAUUGGCACAGAGUCAAUAGACAAUUACAGAUAAGCAUAUUUUUUUAGAAAUAUGCUUCAAUGUUAAUAACAAACUUUUUCCAUUUAUUUGCCAAUGAAUAUGCCAAAUAGUUCGAUGUUUUGCUUGGCAAGGCCAAAUGGUGAUGAAUUUUCAAAUAAUUUUAUUUUGUUAAACCCAUUUGAAGUGUACUUUUGUACAUGACAGUUUUACCAGUUAUUUGUUGAAGGGAAGUUUGUACAUUUUACUAUCAAUCUGUUAGUAGGAAUCUUUUAGAGUCUGUGCACUCUUAAGCCAAUUUCAUUAUUUAAAAAAAAUGAGUACUUUUUAUAAGUAGAUAGGAUGUAAUAUAUGUAACAAUUCAUUUAAAUUAUUGCUUUUAACAGAAACUUUCAUCUAUUGUAAACAUUUGUAAUUGCAUGUUGUGGUUUGGACAUGCCGUUCUGUGAAGUUUUUUGUUUUUAGCCUUUUUACUAUGUCUGCUGCAUUUGUUUGACUCUAAAUAUAUUGUAUGCAUUUAGUUUUAACUUUAAAUUGUGCAGUGCACAAUUUCACCAGAGCCAAUUUUGCAGUGGUGUGUGUACCAAGGUGUUUUUAAAAACUGUGAGAGGUGUUAUAGAAGACACUCAUAAGUUGUAUCUAACUUAAGUUUUCAAAAAAGAA